UUCUGGAGUUCGAUUGAUUCACGCUGCUCGACAUCUCAACCCUGUCACACAGACUUUCAAGAGAUCUUAUCACGCUGCAAACAUGAAAGUUCUUCUCAGCGGUGGUUCAGGCUUUAUCGCCGCGCACUGUGUUGAUUAUCUCCUGCAACGUGGCCAUGACGUGGUUUUUACCGUUCGCUCGGACGACAAAGGCCAGAAAAUAUUGAGCAACCACCCUGGGACCCCUUCGAGCAAACUCAGCUAUGUCAUCGUCAAGGAUAUCGCUCAAGAAACCGCUUUUGACGAAGCUGUCAAAUCUGACCCGCCUUUCGACGCGGUUCUGCAUACUGCUUCCCCAUUUCACUUUUCGGUCACGGACCCCAAGAAGGAUUUGCUUGAUCCAGCCAUUAUCGGUACCACUGGGAUCUUGAAGGCAGUGAAGAAGUCAGCACCCUCAGUCAAGCGGGUGGUCAUCACCUCAUCCUUUGCCUCUAUCAUCGACCCAAGCAAUCAUCCAAAGAUCUAUUCCGAGGAGCAUUGGAAUCCCAUCACUGAGGAAGAAGCGGUUAAAAACCCUGCAAACGCUUACCGAGCAAGUAAGACGUUCGCGGAAAAAGCCGCCUGGGAUUUCGUAAAGAAUGAGAAGCCCAACUUUGAUCUUGCGACAAUCAACCCCCCUCUUGUCCUCGGACCAGUGGUGCAUUAUCUCAACUCCUUGGAUGCCAUCAACACAUCGAACGAGCGCAUUCGGAACAUGAUUCAGGGAAAAUUGAAGGAUGGUCUUCCACCUACAGGAGUCUUCCUUUGGGUUGACGUCCGGGACGUCGCGCUGGCGCACGUAAAGGCCAUGGAAGUACCAGAGGCUGGAGGGAAGCGGUUUUUCGUCACUGCUGGGUAUAUGUCUAACGGCGAGAUUGCCAACGUCAUCAAGACAAAAUUCCCAGAGCUGGCAGACAAACUUCCAGCAGACCUCAAGAGCGAUCGUCCCAAGGACAUCUUUGGCUUCGACAACUCCAGAAGCAAAGAAAUUCUGAAGCUCGAGUAUCGGAAAUUGGAGGACAGUGUUGUCGAUACUGUCAAUUCGUUGCUGGCAGUCGGAGCGUAAUUCUCUUAGAGAAGGACAGGGUUCUCACGGGAACUCAUACUGAGAUAGAAUGUCAUAUAUACGCAUACUCUGAGAUGAUC